AGCAUCGGGACAAAUACACAACACAUCUUCAUCUCCUUCCUCACAUAUCACAAGUGCUGAGCCGCCGUCGGAACGAAGCCUGCCGUGCUGUUCGUCGUGCAACGGCAGCCCGGCGAGCGGUGUCUCCGUGACUCCGGCCGCAUCCUUCGACCCUGCACGGGGGCGGUCUAGAGUUUUCUGGGCAGCGUCCGCGCGACCGCUCCUUCGACGUCCUCGACAUCAUCAUCUCCGGCGAGGGCUGCUUCGUCGACGUCCUCGACAACAUCGUCUCCGGCGACCGCUGCUUCCUCGACGUCCUCGUCGACAUCGUCUCCGCCACCGCUGCUUCCUCUACGAGAUCGUCUCCAACAAACUCCAUCCACGAACACCAAGUGCACCGACGUCUAGACUAAAACUCUAGAUCAAUUUGUCAUGGAUGCUCAUGUUGCGGAACUGAUGAAACCUGAAAAGUUUGCCGGUGACAACUUCAAGAGAUGGCAGUCCAAGGUGCGUCACUACCUCCUGUCCAAGGGCCUGUGGUGGAUUAUCCCACAGGUUAGGCCGCUGACUCGUCAGCAGGUAAUGGACUUUGAGUUAGCAAACGACACUGUUGUGGCUGUCAUCUUGUCGCUCCUUGAGAACCAGCUCUAUGAUGUAUACCAUGGGUACACCUCUGCAAUAGAGCUUUGGGAUGCGCUGGAUCGCAAGUACGCGGUCUCUGACGCAGGGCGAUGGAUUUAUGUGGUUGAACAGUACCACGAUUUCCGCAUGGUGGACGGCGUCUCCGUCGUCAAGCAAGCUCAUGAUCUUACAUCGAUUGUGAGUGAGUUGGCUCAGUUUGAUGUGAACGUCAAUGCCAAGUUUGUGGUGGGGGGCAUCAUUGCCAAACUCCCUCCUUCAUGGAGAGAUUUUGCCACCACGCUUAAGCACAAGAGGGAGGCAAUGAGGGUUGAUGACCUGAUUGCUCACCUUGAUGUGGAAGAGAAGGCACGUGCUAAAGACACACCUUCCAUGGCAAAUGACGGCACCUCAAACGCCAACUUUGUGCAGAAAUCUGGUGCUAAGUACAAGGGCAAACAACAGAAUCCAAAGGCCAAGAAUACAACCAACUUUAAGAAGAAGAAGGAAUGCAUAAUCUGCUAUGUGUGUGGUGAGCCUGGCCACAAGGCCAAUAAAUGCCACAACAGGAAGGGCAAGAAGGGUGGGCAGCAGAACGGACAGAACACUGUCAACGUGGUUGUUAGCGAGCCUAGUACUGCGGGGCUACAAGCGGUUCCCCCAUCUUGAUGGGAAAUGGCUCAGGUGCUGCUGUUCUGGGAGUAGGGAAGGUUGACCUGAAGUUUACAUCAGGAAAAAUCAUUACCUUAAAGAACGUGCAGUAUGUGCCCUCAAUAAAUAGGAACCUGAUUAGUGGCUCUCUUUUAUGCCGAGAUGGCUUCAAAUUAGUUUUUGAGUCGAAUAAAGUUGUUAUUUCCAAAUUUGGUUUAUUUAUAGGGAAAGGCUAUGAGUGUGGAGGCUUGUUCCGCACAUCUUUGUUGGAUGCUGAGAAUAAAUUUGUUCACAACACUAUUAGUGUUCUUAAUUCAAAUAAAGAUGCAUCCAUUUGGCAUUC